UAGGGAUAUCGUAUAUUGUUUAAUAAUGUCUUGUGUCAGUACAGUGUCCUGAUGGAAGGUUCGGUGAUCGCUUAAUAAUGUCUGGCAGCAUGGCGAACCUCACGGACGCGACAUCAUUAAAGCAUUUUGAGGAAUUAUUAAAAAAUAACAGCAAGUCCCUCACCGUUGUCCAUUUCCACGCACCAUGGGCUCCGCAGUGUUCGCAGAUGAACGAUGUGAUGACAGAAUUAGCCAAAGAGCACAAACACACCAUGUUUGUGAAGCUGGAGGCAGAGGCUGUCCCGGAGGUUUCUGAGAAGUAUGAGAUUACUUCAGUUCCCACCUUCCUCUUUUUCAAGGGCGGUGAGAAGAUUGACAGGUUGGAUGGUGCGCAUGCCCCUGAGCUGACCAAUAAGGUGCAGCGGCUGGGGUCCAGUGGGGGCGGGGCUGUCGGGGUGGGGGACGUCCCUAAAGAGGAUCUCAACGAGAGAUUGAAGAGGCUGAUCAACGCCGCACCCUGCAUGCUCUUCAUGAAGGGAUCGCCCCAGGAGCCUCGCUGUGGUUUUAGUCGUCAGAUUGUUCAGAUUUUGAAGGACCACAAUGUACAGUACAGCAGUUUUGACAUCCUCUCGGACGAAGAGGUCCGACAGGGACUCAAGACCUACUCCAACUGGCCCACUUAUCCGCAAGUCUACGUCAACGGAGAUCUCAUCGGGGGACUGGACAUCCUAAAGGAGCUGGUCGAGUCUGGUGAACUUGAGAAUACUUUCCCCAAGACCGUCUCGCUGGAAAACAGGCUGAAAUCUCUAAUCAAUAAAUCACCUGUCAUGCUCUUCAUGAAAGGCAAUAAAGAGGCUGCCAAGUGUGGAUUCAGCCGUCAGAUACUUGAAAUAAUGAACAGCACAGGAGUUGAAUAUGAUACGUUUGACAUAUUGGUAGAUGAAGAGGUUAGACAAGGACUCAAGACGUACUCUAACUGGCCGACAUACCCACAGCUGUAUGUUAAAGGGGAUCUCAUAGGAGGACUGGACAUAGUCAAGGAGCUGAAAGAGAAUGGUGAGCUGGUGUCUGUGUUAAAAGGAGAAAACUGAACUAUUCCAGCACUGAAGAACAUGUGGAUCACAUCGCUGAUAUACCUGUAACCUGCACUAACCUCAGGACUGGAGAACUCAGAUUAGACUUAUUCCAUCCAAGUUUCAUUUGGAAAUGACUCAUUUUCAAAAACAAUAUUGAAACUUUGCUGUAAAUCCAAUCCAACUGUGUUCUAAUCUGUUUUUGUUGCAAUUAUAUAUUUUAGACCUUGUUUACACCUGGUGUUUAUGUCUCUGGCUGAUCUGAUUACAAGUGGUCAUUCGAGACAGAUUAAAAUGUACACCUGGUUUUGACAUGUCUGAAAUGUGUCUGCUGUGACAAAGUUUUGUCCAGUCAAAUGCUUUUUGAUGAGAAUGUCCCUUUCCUUGCAACCAAUUUCAAUAAAAAUGGCAUUGGGCAAGAUCCUA